AUGAUGAAACUCACUCUCCUCAGCGCGGCUCUUCUUGCUUUCGGCGACAGCGCCGUAAACGCCUUGAGUAGCUGUGGACAGUCACAGUACGAUCCUGCUCAGUACGUCUGCUGGAGCGAUCAGUUCCUCUGCCCCAUCACGGCUGGCGAGCCGCUCUCCUUCUGCAACGGAGCGUGCUAUAGCAAGUUCAUGUACAAGUGCGAGAACAACGUCCUGAGCUUGCUGCCCGCUCACACUGGGACACCCUUCACCCUCAGCGUGUCGAACCCGACUUUGCCCAUCGACGGCAAGCCCGUGACUGCCAGCGGUCUGCACUUGAGCCUUGCAGGCAACACUAGCACCUACUGCCCCGUCGAGGUGGUUGGUGCCGCGUGUCCUCCUGGCAACAUCACGGCUUUUUUCGCCGGCAACGGUGGCCUCUCCAUGGACACCAUGGUUCCCGGCGGACAGCAAGCCUAUCUUGGACCGGACUGGAACAUGCACUACACCCAAGCUCACUCGGCCUACAUUCCUGCGGGCAGCCUAACCCAGGGCUUCGGUGCGUACGAGGGUGGUGGCUUCGUCAAUCUGAACGGUAAUGGCUGGGGCUGGGUAGCUUGCCCUCCUCAGGCCUCUGGCGGUGGCGGCACCGCGUGGAACCUGGUGGGAAGAAACGAGACGAACGCGGCUAGCUUGACCGCCUGCACUCCUGUCAACCUCAAGAUCAACCCUCUCCCGUCCGGUACUGUUGGUGCCUGGCAGUAUGCCUGA